CUGAUUUCCAUUUGAAACACAAAAUAUGGCUGCCAACCAAGUUUUUCUACUUGUUUUGUUAGGCUUAUGGUGUGUGGAUGGUCAGUAUCAAUUCUUUCAAAUGGUCCAACAGUGGGGGCCGGCCAAAUGUAGUAGCGGGCGUGUUAAGUGUCAUGUUACACCCAAACCAAUGUUCACUAUUCAUGGGUUGUGGCCUAGCAAUUUUACGGAUCUAAUGCUUCAUUAUUGUUCACUGCAAUCGUUUGAUGCUUCUCAGAUUAAGACACUGCAAUCAGAACUAAGUAAAUAUUGGCCGGACGUGGUGAAGGGAAAAGAUGUUGAUUUCUGGAAGCAUGAGUGGGAAAAGCAUGGAACUUGUUCAAAUCCACCUUUCAACAUAUUUCAAUAUUUUGAGCUUGCUUUAAAUAUUCGAAAGUAUAAAAAGUACGAUCUGAUGGCCAUAUUGAACAACGCCGGACUCCAUCCCUCCACCUCCAAACUUCACCAGUAUGAUGACAUUGCAGAUCUCAUUCAAGCCGCUGUAGAAGCGAAGCCAUUGCUCAAGUGUAACGAUAAAAAUGGUCAAGGUCAAAACAACCAACUAUGGGAGGUAAUCUUGUGUUUCGAUCACGGUGGAGUCAACCCCAUUGAUUGUCCUGCUCAACCUGUUCCCCAUAAAAUGUGUGUUGGAGAUUUUAAAUGGCAGAGUUUGGCCAAUUUUGUUGAAGGGGAAGAAAGUUUGGGUAUUCAUGUAAUUUAAAUUUCUAGAUUAUGUUUGCUUAGUUAAUAGUUAUUUGAGUAUUUCUUUAUUAAUUAGAUCAGGUUUGUUUACCAUUUACGUCUGUGCCGUGUGUUGUUAUGUAGCUUAAUAUCCAUUUUAAUGGAAAUUAGUUAAAGAAAUUAAUUUAAGUA